UUAUGUCCAUGCAGUCAUUUGGAGAAGCCUCAGUUCUGUUUUACAGACUACCAUCUUCCUCUUUCAAUGUGUGUAUGGACAUCCAAAAACAAAAAUCCUAACUACAUGGAAUAGUGAGGUAGUUUAGUUAUACCGUUCAUCUCUUUCAGAAUUUUGCUUUUUAUUAAAUACUAUAUUGAUUCCCUUAGCUUAGACUUUUUCCCAACAUUGGUGUUUGGCUUUCUUCCCAGCUGCAGAUUAGAGCGACUGUCUGCGGCAAAAGAUUAACAUCACUGUAGUGGGAAAUUCUCCAGACUAAGUGGAUCAUUUUCAGCCGACUGCUCCAGUGCACCAUUCAGAGCUGAAACAUCCUCGGUUAAUGCUCACACAAGUCGCAGUAAAGCCCGGUGACGUUAUAAUAAUGCAGUUUGUUUUUUAGACACACCAGUCAUAUCCCACAGGCGUAUGGGUCAUUGAUGGAUAUUCAUCAAAUUUGACAUUUUUCAAUGUCUUUUUGUUUUUGUUUUUGUGCCAAAUGAAUUACUAAAUGUUUGGAUAGGCUCCAUCAUGCCGUCUUCAGCUAUUGAAAAGCUUUCCGUCUCAGACCUCUUCUUGACCCGAUUCAAAAGCUGCAUUUGAACUAGGUCAGUGCGUUCUGAUGGCCAGUCUUUAUUAUCCGUUGAGAAAUAUCUAGGAGGGGGUGUUGCAGCGUGUCUUCUCGAACCUUCACAUUGUAGUUCUUAAACUUUUGUUUGUAUGAGUUACAUAUUGUAUUUCUUCCCAGUGUGAAGUGAAGCGUCUUUGCUUUGUUUAAAAGUGACUCAAAACCGUUUGAGUCGACAAGGCGCAGGAGUUGGUUCUCACCCAUUGGGGGCAAAAGCAAAUGCCAAGUACAGAAAUUAGAGGCAAACUUUGCAGGUGAACUGCAUGUGGGCGAAGCUGCAUAUGGAACCCACCACAGAAAAAAUAGUAUUGAAACCUAUUUGAUAUAACUUGUAUUUCUUUGCGAUUCACACACUUUUUAACAAACUGUAAAGUUGUCCUCCACUUUCUAUAUACCUGUUCUGCAGAGUCCAUGUUGUGGAGGCUACAGAUCCGACUGUAGAUUGGCCUGAAAGAUGAAUCUUUACAGUAUUUAUUUCAGUUUUGAUUGAGUCAGUCCAAGCAAAAGUAGUAAAAACCAUAAUGUAUCAUUAAGUCAAACUGAUAACCGGUGAGCACCAUGUUUAAAUAGUGCUUUCAGCCAAUCAAUUCUGUGAUGACUUAAUCUGGCAAAAAUGGUAAUCUGCUGCUGAUCGUGGUCGUAUUUCAGCUGUAAUCUCGUUUUAUGGGGAAACUGCCAAGCAGAUUUAAACGAUUUUAUAUGCCAGAUUUAUAGAUUGAGUGAGAGAGCAUUUGGGCUACUGCUUGUAUUGUGGUCAAGGUCACAGAUGAAAAGCUUUUCACAAGUUCGUAAUGGCAGUGACAUAGACUGCAUAUCUGCUGGCCUUUGACAGGAUAUAUUUAGGUCUUCACAGUGACGUGGUGUGUGCGCUGAGGAGCUUGUUGUCAUAACAGAAACAAAAUGCCUCCAUUAACAGAGCACCACAAACCAAGUCAAUGCACAGGCCUUAUCCUUAGCUGUCAAUAAUUGACUUGGUAACCAAAAUAUUUGCUUUCGGCGACAUUCAGAGCAGAGACGGAAAGACAGGGACCUUUUUGUGAGCAAAAAAGCCCUUUUUUGCCCCCGUCCUCCCUUUUUAGGAAACAUGAGCACAGCCAAGCCCAGUGGGAUCAAAGGGCCCAGCAAGAUAGGGAGGCCUCCUGGGACAGGAGCCCCCAAAACCAACCCCGGCACAGCGGGAGCUAAAGUAAAUGCGGUCGACAAAUCCGAUGCACGAGUCGGCGGAGGAGAUGCUGAGAGCGCUGGGGGGAGCUUCCAGGUCGGGGACCGUGUGUGGGUAAACGGGAACAAACCUGGCCACAUCCGUUUUUUGGGAGAUGCCCAGUUUGCCCCGGGACAGUGGGCAGGGAUCGUUCUAGAUGAGCCCAUCGGGAAGAACGAUGGCUCCGUUGCAGGGGUGCGCUAUUUCCAGUGCGAAGCCCUGCGAGGAAUAUUUACCCGCCCGUCAAAGUUGUCUCUCACAGAAGGGGAGGCUAAUGGCACGCAGACGGCACCACCCUCCCGCGCUGCCUCACCCACCCCUUCGGUCGGCAGCGUGUCCUCACAAACACCAGCCACAAAGUCAACGUUACCCUCGACCACCACGGCAACCAAGAAGGCCUCCUCCGCUACACCCGCUGCCCCAGCAGCUCCGGCUGCGCCAUCCUCCAACCUCGCACGCACAAACAGUGAAUCCGUGUCCAACCUCUCGGAGACGGGAUCAGUCAAGAAGGGCGAAAGGGAGCUGAAGAUGGGCGACCGUGUAUUGGUUGGUGGUACAAAGGCAGGAGUGGUACGUUUCCUUGGAGAAACAGAUUUUGCUAAAGGCGAGUGGUGCGGUGUGGAAUUGGAUGAGCCUUUAGGAAAGAACGACGGCGCAGUGGCAGGCACAAGAUAUUUCCAGUGCCAACCCAAGUAUGGCUUAUUUGCUCCGGUGCACAAAGUCACUCGCAUCGGCUUCCCCUCCACCACGCCAGCCAAAGCAAAAACCACGGUUCGCAAAGCAGCGGCCACACCAUCCGGGCUAAAGCGAAGCCCCAGUGCCUCCUCCAUCAGCACCAUGAGCUCUGUGGCAUCGUCUGUCAGCGCCAAGCCCAGCCGCACAGGCCUGCUAACAGAGACGUCGUCGCGGUAUAAUCGCAAGAUUUCGGGCACCACAGCCCUGCAGGAGGCACUGAAGGAGAAGCAGCAGCAUAUUGAGCAGCUUAUGGCUGAGAGGGACAUGGAGAGAGCUGAAGUUGCCAAGGCUACUGGCCAUGUUGGAGAGAUGGAGCAAGAGAUCGGCCUGCUCCGGGAUGAACAAGAGCAGAUGGAGACCAAGAUGGAUCAGUUACGUGCCUUGGUAGAAGCUGCAGACAAAGACAAAGUCGACCUGCUGAAUCAGCUGGAGGAGGAGCGUAGGAAGGUGGAGGACCUUCAGUUCCGCGUAGAGGAAGCUUGCAUUACCAAAGGAGACCUGGAGACGCAGACCAGACUGGAGCAUGCCCACAUUAAGGAGCUUGAACAGAGCCUACUCUUUGAAAAGACCAAAGCUGAGAAACUCCAAAGAGAGUUAGAAGACAAUAGGGUUGCUACUGUUUCGGAGCGAUCCCGUAUAAUGGACCUUGAGAAGGACCUUUCUCUGCGUUCGAGAGAGGUCGCUGACCUGCAGCUGCGUCUCGGCACCCAACAAGGCUCUGAGGACUCGAACUCUCUUUCUCCCCUUCUGGAAGAGAUAACGUCUCUGAGGGAUCAGUUGGCUUCCCAAGAAGUUAAGCAGCAAGAGGAGCUGACAAAGCACAGGGAGAAGAUGGAAGCUCAAGAAAAGACCCACAGUGAGACCGCUGCCCAGCUCCGGGCUACAUCCGUAAGCCUCUCUGGGGACAACGAACAGCUGCAGAUGCGCAUAAGCCAGGCCGAGAAGGAGAACGCUGAUAUUAUUGAGUCGUGGCGUUCCAAGUUGGACUCCGUUGUUGCCUCUCACCAGCAAGCCAUGGAGGGGCUGAAGGGGUCCUUCAGUAAUGGCGCAGACGCCCAGACGAAAGAACUUAUCGAAACCAAAACUGAACUGGAGAGACUGAAAAUUGAGCACAAGUUAGCUGUCGAGGAGGCCGCAGCCAAACACGAGGCUCACGCCGCAGCCGUGACUCGGGAGGCGCAGGCGCUGAAGGCACAGCUGAGUUCCCUGAUUGAGGAGAAGGAGCGACUGGAAGAGUCACUGCGGUCCAGCGUUGAAAAGGCCGAGGAGCAGCACCUCGUGGAAAUGGAAGAGGUUCUUGGAAAACUCCACAAUGCUGAAGUCAAGCUCAAUGAGCUCGAGGAGAAGGAAGCAGUGUUGACGCAGCAGGCCCAAGACAAGGAGAGCGAAACCAAAGAGCAGAUUUCAGAAAUGGCGGCUUUGCGUAGCCAAGUAGCACAAGGCAACCAGGAGCUUGUGAGCCUGAAGAGUCAAUUGGAGGCGGUUCAGAGUCAAGGGAACAACCAGGGUGCCCAGGUCGAUGCAUUGAGCUCGCAGUUGGAGGGCCGACAGCAGGAAGUCCUCUCUUUACAGCAGAGUCUGACCACUGUACAGCAGGAGAAGGAGGCCCUGGAACAGGAGCUCGGAGGCCUGAAACAAAAUUUGUCUGAGAAAACCGAGGAGCAGACUAUAUCAUCAAACACUAUGCAAGAAACACUUGAGAAGCUCAGUAAGAAGGACGAGCAGUGCACAUCUCUGAGCACAGAAUCGGAGUCUCUGAGAAGUCAACUUUCUGGGCUCGAGAGGAAACUGAAGGCUUCAGAUGAAAAACUUGAGCAGCUCUCAAAGGACAAAUGCAAGCUGGAAAACGAUAUCUCCGACAUGAUGAAGACGUCUGGCGAUAGUUCAGUACAGCUGACCAAAAUGAAUGAUGAUCUCAAACAGAAAGAAAGGAGGCUUGAGGAGUUGCAGAGUCAGCUAUCUGAGGAGAAGGAGAAGGUGGCACACUCGACUGAACAACUUCAGCAAGAGAAGUCCCGUAAAGCGCAGGAGCUGAUGGAGACCAGAGAUGCACAUCAGUCUCAAAUAAGUGGCCUUCAGGAGACGAUUGCAAACCUGGAGAAGACGGUUAAACAGGGCGAGACCCUGGUUGUGGAACUCAAGGCCUCACAAGAGAAAUCCAUCUCUCAGGUUUCAGAGCUUCAUGUGAAGGAAGUAGAGGUUCUGCAGAGUCAGGUUAACAAGUUGAAGCAGGGCCUCUCCUCCAGCGAGGAGAAAAACCUGGAGCUCGAGAAGUUGGUGUCUGAGCUGCAGCAAUACAAGGAACAAGCUCAGUGUCUUUCUGCUGAGCUUGACUCCCACAAGCAUGAUGUUGAACAUUUGAACAAACAACUGGAAAAGCAGAGUCUAGAGCUGGAAAACACGUGUAAGGAAAGGGAAGAUGUCAAAGCUGAGAAAGGCAAACUGGAUGAACAGCGUUCAGAAAUGCAAACUAAGCUCUCUGCCCUUGAGAUUAGUCACCAGGAGCUUUCUGUCCAGAAGGAAGAACUGCUAGUAACUAGAGACGAGCUUUCCAGAAAUCUAGAGCAGGUAAUUGCAAACAACAAGUGUUCGGAUGAGGAAAGUAUUUCAUUGAAGAAGGAGCUGGAGAAGCUCAAAGAUCUUCUUCAGGAAGUACAGGCUGAAAACAAUAACCUGAAGCAUGCUGAAGGUGAACACCGGGCCCAGAUUGAGGAGCUUCAAAGACAACAUGCAGAGAAGACCGACUUGCUCCUUAAGUACCAGCAGGACACCCAGCAAGUUGAGAUUAGAAAUAAGCAACUACAAGACGAUUAUGAAAACGUCUGCAAAGAGAAGAACUGUCUCCUCGAUGACUUCAAGGAAAGAACAGCAAAGUUCACAUGUGAGAAGGAAAAUCUCAUUUUAGAGCGAGACUCUGCUAGAAACGCCAAAAAAUCGCUUGAUGCCAAGAAUGCGGAGUUGCAGGCAAAACUUAAAUCGUUAAACUUGGACAAAGAAGAUCUUACAAUGAGGAACACCCAGCUGCAAGCCCUCACGGAAACGCUGACAAAAGAAAAGCAGGGGAUGUCUUCUGAACUCAGUGCUACCUUGAUGGACAAACAGAGCCUUGAAGCGGGGAAGGAGGAGCUCCAGACUAAACUGAGUGCUGCCAAGAAGGAUUUGGAGAGUUCUCUCCGUCAGUGUGAAGAACUUAAAGCCACCAAAAUGAGCCUGGCCCAGAUGCUUGAAUCUGUCAAGACCAGCAGUCAGGUGACUGAUUCUGAGAGGCUCCAGCUCCUUCAAGAGAAAGAAGACUUGAUUGCAAUCCAAAGGAAAGUCUGUAAUGAGAAAGAAGAGCUCCUCGGCGAGAUGGAAGAGAUAAAGGAGAAGUUUCAAGUCUCCACAGAACAACUGUCAAAGUCCAACGAGAAAUUUAAAGAAGCGUUAUCAUCCUUUGAGCAAGAGAAAGAGGCGCUUUGCCUUCAGAAUUCUGAAAUUGAGAUGGCUUUACAUGUUCUACGAAAAGAGAAGAUGAGCCUGGAUUCUGCACUAGAGCAGCAGAAAAUGGAUUAUGAGCGUUUGGCGGGAGAGAUGGGAGAAUUAGAAGAGAAGCACACAAAAUCCAUAUCUGACAAUAAUGCUCUUUCUCUUGAGUGUGAAAAGCUAGCCAGUGAUAUCAGAACAAAUAAGGACCAGUUGGAAGGUUCCUCAAGAUCCAAUGACUUCUUAAUUCAAGAGAGGUCUCAUUUGACCACGAAGCUGGACGAAACCAAACGGCAAAAAGACGAAGUUGAAGCCGAGGCGUCGUCUUUGAGGCGAGAAAAAGCUGAGCUACAAAAUGAACUGCAGAAACACACCGCUGACAUUGAAAUUCUUAGAAAGGGAAACUCCGAAGCUGUGCAAGAGUACAGCAAACUGAACAUGGGUUUUGAGAAGGCCAAUUCCGAACUUGUUCAACAGGUUGAUGACCUGAAAAAAGAUUGUGAGGGUCUGCAAACGUUGCAGAGUGAAGCUAACGACAAAGCGCAAUCCUUGCAGAAAGACAACCACAGUCUGCUUCAGGAGAUCCAGCAGUUAAAAUGUCAGACAGAAUCCAUGUCAGGGGCCAAGCAGCUUCUGGAAACACAGUUACAGGCCGAGUCCAGUGAACGAAAUAAAGUCCUAUCCGAUAAGGAGGGUCUGUCCAAACAACUUGAGCAUCUGCAGAGAUCAUUGUCCCAAGUCAAGCAAGAAAACGAAGACAUUUCUUCUAACCUUAAGAAUGUGGAAGAGCAGAAGAAGGCCUUCAUGAUGGAUAUGGAGGAUUUGAAGACUCAAUUGAAGCAGCGAGAGCAAGAAACUAGUAAUUUGAUAGAAGAUAAAGAGCAGUUAUUAUCUACAAUAGAAGAAAUAAGCAAACAAAUGACCUCCCUGACCACAGAGAAAGAAGACCUUUCAGCUGAACAGUGCAAGUUGGAGGAGAACAUCUCUUCUCUCCACACAAGCCAGGAGAAGUGGCUCGUAGAACGGACGAGACUCCUCGCAGAGAUAGAAAACUUGCACACUACACAGAAAGAACUAGAAGGAGAUGUCAAGGGCCUGCAAGGUGAAAAGGAGCUUUUGGAAACUCAGCGGCAGAGCGCCGCGGUGGAGGUUUCGGCUUCUGUUGUCGUGAAAGAAGAGCUGACCUCGGACAUCUCAAAUCUAACCGCUGAGAAGGCCGCCCUGCAGGUGGAGAGGGACGAAGCCAACCAGAAAGUCAGCACGCUGGAGGCCCAACUAAAAAAUGCAAUUUCUAAGCAGCUUGAGGCUACAGAGGCUUCUGGCAACACUGCCGAGACCCUUGAACAGCUGACAAAGGAGAACGCCACUUUGCUGCAGGAGAAGAACAAAGCCCAAUCCUCAUUGGAAGAACUCCUGAGCUCCAAGCAGAAGGGCGAGGCGCAGCUUAAAACCUUGAAGAACAAUGUUUCCAAAUACCAAGAAGAUAUGAAUGUUUGUAAAGAGCAGCUUUGCAUAGAAACUCAGAGGACUGAGAGUCUAUGCCAUGAAAUUGAGGAACUUAAAGUAGCAGUUUCUGCAAAGACGCAGUCCAUGCAGAUGCUACAAGAUGAGAACAACAAGCUGACGCUGGAUGUUGAUAACAAUCAAAAAGCCCUGAGAGACCUUGAGAAGCUCAAAGACGAGCACUCAAAACUUAAAAAACAGUUGAAGUUGAGCCGGCCAAAUAAUGCCUUCAGUGAGGAGCAGUUUGACAAGGAGAAGACGGUCUUCCAACAGUCCAUCCAUAAAAACAGUGCCUUAAUAUCAGAAAAGGACCAGCAGGUGGAAAGCCUGAGGAGCGAGCUGGUUGGACUGCGUGGGGACAGUGACUCGGUUAAGACACUUCAGGGGACCAUUCAGGCCUUGGAGCGGGACAGGGCUAAUCUACAGGAGCGCGUUCAGCGACUGGAGAAGGACCUGCCUGCAGGCUCUGACGCUAUCAACAAGGCCUCAGAUGAUGCCGUUUCUGACCAACUAAAAGAGGCCCGGGAGGCUUCUGAGAGUCAGGCAGCGAUUGAGUUCCUGAAUUCAGUCAUUGUUGACCUCCAGAGGAAAAAUGAGGAGCUCAAGGACAAAUUGGAGAAAAUGGUAGAUGCUGCUCUCAAUGGGAACAAUCCAAGUGAGCUGGAUAACUAUGAUAGCCAUGACAAAGAACCCCUUAAGAAGAAGCUUCCCCCAAGACUCUUCUGUGACAUCUGCGACUGCUUCGACCUCCACGACACCGAGGACUGUCCCACACAAAUGCAGAUGCCCGACUCUCCUCCACACACCACCUACCACGGCAGUAAGGGUGAAGAACGGCCUUACUGCGACAUCUGUGAGGUCUUUGGCCACCCCACCGAGUCCUGUAACGACGAUCAGACCUUCUAAGCCUUUUUCCCCGCCCUUGUUCGCACAAUCAAUAUAUUUGCACAUGGUGUUCGGUUAUGCUGGGGUUUAGGGAUUUGGGUUUGUUCGUGUGCUUGUUUUUGCCAAGCUACUUGUCUGUUCCAGUCCCUGAGCACUCGUACGGGAGAAUUGUCUCCGUCUCCAGAAAAAAAGACGGACAACACACAGAAAAAUAAUAUACAGCAGUUAACAUUUUGCAAUCGUAAUGACUGUGGAUCAAAACGUCUGUGUGAGUGAGGAGAUGCUGUGGGGGCGGAGUAUCAUUGUGGGAGGAGCUAUGAUCUUCAGAUCAUUUAAUUUAUCAAUAUCCUAACAUUGUUUGCACAGCUUGUUGGGAACUUACAAAAAUAAUAUAGUAUCAAUAAAAUGUUUAUUUGAAACUGUAAAUUACUUGAUAGAAAAAAAUAUUACUUGGCGCAGAUAUUGGUGAGCUAUAGUUUAUUUUUUUAUGACUGGAGAUGCUACGUACUCUUUAAAGGUUUGAUAGAAUGUGUGUUGUUUUGUGAAUGAUAUCAGAAGGGGAGAGAUUUUCUCACUCUUGCCUGAAGUGGAUCAGUAAGACCGACUGCUGUUCUGCUUUAAGAGGAACAUUUUUCAUGAUCUCCAUGAAGGAACUGUUGGAUGAUUGUUAAAGAACAAGCAGGGAAAUCUAAAGCACUUCACUUACUGUAACACCUCAGUGAAAUGGCCUUUCCAAAAAUGUACAAUUAAAAGAUUGUUUCUGUAUGAAACAAUGAAAUACUUCAUUGUAUUUCUUUAAAAAUGUUUUGAAUAUCUGCAUUAAAAUGAAUAAACUUUAUGUAUAAAUUAAAAA